AUGGCAUUUCUUAAACAAUCUAACUCUACAACUAACUUAUUCAAUUUAUUUUGUUCAAAUAUAUAUAUUUAUUUUGAUGAUGUUAAAAUGUUAUCAAACUUAGUUAAAAUCAAUGAAUUUAAAUUGUUGGUAAAUACCACUUCAAUUAGAAGUCUCUCAAGUGCUGUUGCAACAAUCGUUGUUACCACUGCCACUACAAAUAUAGCCAAUAGAAUUUACUGUAGAAAUAAUAAUAAUAAUAACACUUAUAAAAUUAAUAGUAAUAAUAAUAGAUAUAUAAGUGGUGAUCCACGCAACAACAAUACAUCAACUACUCAAUGCUAUACAUCUACUUCACAUACUACUACAAUUACACAUCAAUCGAAUAGAAUAAACGAUCAUAAUACUAUUGAUAAUAGAAUUAAAAGUUAUUCACAAACCAACUACUGUUAUAAUAGACACACUACAAUCACUACUACCAACAACAACUACGACAACAACAACAGUGGAAAUAGGAUAAACGAACUAUUCAAUUCCAAUAAAAAUAAAUUUAUAAACAAUUCAAACCGUCAUCAACUUUAUAAACAUCAAAAUAUCUUAAACACCUCUUCUUCUACCACCUAUCUUUUUAAUAACAACAAUAAUAAUAGUAAUAAUAAUAAUUACCGCAAUAGUAAUAAUAACAAGUUUGCCCCGGUCACUGGUCGUGCUCGUUUCAUUGGAGUGUCGCUCGAAGAGGAGCGAGAUCUCUCUGAUCUCGGCUACAACUAUGUUAUGGAGAGCUACGAGGAGCUCUUCCUGCCCGAGAACAAUGUCCUUCAAAACCAAGUAAGAAUGAUCGCCAAAAAGUUGGUACCUCACUCUGGCAUCGAUUUGCCGUGGGAGUGUCAUGUCAUCAACUCGCCAGAGAUCAACGCAUUCGUGUUGCCCAGCGGAAAGAUCUUUAUUUUCACCGGACUCUUCAAGGUCGUCAAAACGGAGGAUGAGUUGGCUGCCGUCAUUUCGCAUGAGAUUGGACAUGCCAUUGCUCGUCACUCGGCGGAGCGAAUGAGUUUGCUCAAAGUCGGCAUCGUAUUCCUCACGAUCACUCGUGGUUUGAUUGGUGAUACCAUCUCCGGCAACAUCAGUACCAUGAUCUCUACUAAGCUUCUCGAGUUGAAUUACUCGAGAAUGCAAGAGAUUGAAGCGGAUAUCAUUGGUGUAGGAAUCCUCAAGAAGGCUGGAUUCAACGUCAAUGCUGCCGUCCAUGUACAGGAGAAAUUUGGAAUGAUCGACGAUGAUCAAGAUGACGGACUCAUGGCAUUACUCUCUACACAUCCAAAAUCAGCGGAAAGAGUUACAAAGAUUCAAGAAUGGAUUGAAGCCGAUCGUUUAAAGGAAUUGGAACAACCAGCACCAGGUUUGGUCCAAUCCAAUAACAACAACAACAAUAAGGAAGAAAAACUUUUGUCAAGUAAAGUCUAG